CCUCGCUCCUUCUUUGUCUCUAAAUUUUCUCCAGAGACUUCCAGUUUUUGAACACCACACUGUUCUUACCUCCUGGCCUUCAGUUCAAGAAAGCAGCACAGAAGCCAUGUUUUCCCUCCACAUACCCAUCUUGGCUGUUCUGGUCAAUCUUGCCCUGUGCCAGUAUUAUGACUACGACUACCAGCCAGUUUCCUUGCAUGGGCCAUCAGGCUCCAACUGUAAUCAAGAAUGUGACUGUCCCAUCAAUUUUCCAAGUGCCAUGUAUUGUGACAACCGUAAGCUGAAGUUUGUCCCUGUAGUUCCAACUGGGAUCAAAUAUCUGUAUCUCCAGCACAAUAAUAUUGAAGAAAUCAAGGCAGGAGUGUUUGAUAAUGUCACUGAUUCCCUGCGCUGGCUGAUACUUGAUGACAACCAACUUACCAAUGCUAAGAUAGAAAAGGGCACGAUUGACAAACUCACUGCUCUGGAGAAGCUAUUCUUCAGCAAAAACAACAUCACAGAGCCAGUCAUCCCUCCCUCAAAGGUCCUGGAAGAGCUAAAGAUGAUGCACAACAAGUUGACCAAGUUCCCUUCCGGACUCCUGUCAGACAAGGAAAACUUGACCUCCAUCAACCUUCAGCAGAACGAGCUAAGCUCUGAAAGCAUUGGAGAUGCAUUCAAAGGGCUGAAGAAGCUGCUGUCCCUGGAUGUGAGCCACAACAAGCUGAAGAAACUGCCAGUUGGACUUCCUAGUUCACUGGAAAUCCUCUAUGCUGAUUACAAUGACAUUGAUAAAGUUGGAGCGGGAUUCUUGAAAAAGCUGCCCUCACUUCGGUACCUGAGGAUCUCCCACAACAAGCUGCAGGACUCCGGGAUCCCCUCUGGAGCAUUCAAUGUGACUUCACUGCUGGAGCUAGACCUAUCCUUCAACAAACUGCAGUCUAUUCCCGAAGUCAAUGAGCAGCUAGAGCAACUUUACCUGCAGGCCAAUGAGAUCAACAAGUUCGACCUGGCAAGUUUCUGCAAGUUCACUGGACCCCUCAACUACUCACGUCUCAAGCAUCUGCGUCUGGAUGCCAAUAACGUCACACAUGGCAGCAUGCCCCCCGAAUCUGCCAACUGCCUGCGUCAGGCUUCAGACAUCAUGUUUGAAUAAAGGCCGCCACCAGAUCGACGAGUCCGCUUUCUGCUGCCACGACAAAGCUUAGAGCGCACAUGACCGUGCACUUGUGACACAAGCAUUAUGGAAAUAUGUAAAAUUGUUCAUGUUGAUCGUGGUAAUUUGUUUAAAGAUGCAAUAAAAAGGAAUGAUGUCAACUGUUUUCAAAAUCCAUGUGUAACAUAUCCAGAAAUGUGUUCAACAGAUUUAUCCAAACGAGCAUUCCAAAUAUUUGUAAUAUUUGGAAGUACGACUGAUAUUGUCAUCUUUGUGGAAACAAAGACAAUAUUGCAAUAGACAAUAAAAAAUGGAAGGAGGUAUAUCAUUGGUUGUAUAAAAAAAAGUGCAUGCUUACACACUUCAGACAUUCCAAACUUGAUUUGAGUUUUCCCAAAUAUAGACCCAACAGAUAUGUAACUUUGAUGUUUCUUUUCAAAGUGUUAUUUUGUUGCAUGUUUCAAUAUGUUGCAUGUGUGUUGGCUCAAUUAUUCAAUAAUUGCUGUGCAAAGAGCCAACUGUGGAGGACUGCAUAAGUGAGAAAAUGCAAAAAAAGCAGGGCAGACAGCAACAUCUUGAACGUCUCAAACCGUUUUAAAAACCGUGUUCUGAAUUCAUGCAUGCCUGCAUUGUAUUUAAUCUUUUUAAACAUUAACUGCUUGAUGCCCAAAUGACAUUUUUAUUACCAGUAAAUAAACAACCACAGACUAAGAAAUAUUUGCUGUUUAUGAAACCAACAAUUAUGUUUUAGGCAAUAAAUAAAAUGCAUCGAUGUUGUGCCUAAAGUUGCAUCCUAUGUACACCAUAGAAAACUA